AUGACAUCGAUGUUCAUAUGGGCGGGUGCCGCGUACGGCCACACAUCGCAGCAGCAGCUGUUCAUGACUGUCAACGCAAACGAUCUGACACGAGAAGGCAGCACUCGAAAGGACAUCCCCUCAGGCUCAGCCACUAACUCAUCGGAUGGCCCACGUACCCGCGCGAGUGCUACGG